AUGGUGAUUCUCCGACGACCCCGCAAUACCACUCUGAGCUUUCAAGGACAGAGCUUCUCCAUCUACCAGGACUACUCCCCCACUGUUUCCAGGCAGCGCGCAGCUUUCGGACAGGCCAAACGACUACUUCGGGACCAUCCAGGUGUGAAGCCUUCCCAUGACAUUAGUCUUGAGGAGUUUGAUGAUGAGGAUCUGUCUGAAAUCACAGACGACUGUGGAAUAGGACUCAACUAUGACUCUGAUCCCUAUGAAAAGGACUGUCUGAUUCUGGAGAAGAGCAAUAUGCACCACCCGGUCUGCUCCUUCCAGGACGACUUCCAGGAGUUUGAGAUGAUCGAUGACGAGGAUGAGGAGGAUGAGGAAGAUGAAGACGAGGUGGACCCUGACACUCCUCCCUCCCCCACCGCUUCCCCUCCUUCUUCCCCCACCCUUGGCACGCUGAAGAGCCGGCCCACCACUCUCAACCUCACCACCACUGUCUCACAGGACUCACUGAACAACAACAGCAGUCCUUCUCCAAAGAAGGGCAGCUGGCAGGACUCUCUACGCAACCCUACCUCACAGGGCCGUCUGUCUCCAACCCACUCUUGUCUGGAGGAUGGGAGUCACGUGACGGGCCAGUGCCCCUCCCAACCAGCCCCCCAGGCCCCAGGGUCCCAGAGCAAAGGUACUCCCCCCAAACAGGCAGGGGAGGGCGCCUACCCCCAGUCCCCUCGCAGGCCCCUCCUUUGCGACAUGGAAGGCAACAGACGGGAGAGGCCUGAAUACGGCUCCUUCGGUCAACACAAGUCUCACCCGGGCUCUAAUGAGGUCAUUAACUCCUCAGCUGACCCUCUGAUCUUCAGAGUUCCAUCCCUGGAUGAUCAAUCCCAAUGCUCUGACACUGAGGUUGACCACGACCUCAACAGCGCUGACCACAACCACAAACUUUCACGGUCCUGCACGUCCACCCAGCGACGUGCCACCGACACCUACACGGUCACCACUGAGUCAGGCCUAGACCCGGAACUGGAGAACGACCCAGAUGGGACCAGCCGAUGCCUGUCCUCCACUGCUCCCAUCGGGGGGAACGACGGAGCUGACACCCCUCUGUCAGAUGAGGAGCUGGAGAAAGAUUUUGACAUAGAGUUUAUGUGUAAGGAGACCUAUGACAUGGUGUGUAAGGAGAACCAGAGCUCAGUCUACGUUGAGUUCCCCUCCAUCGAGCCCUCUGAGCUGGCUUCCUUCUCCAGCUACAUGUCAUCAAGCCGCUCUGAUGUUCUCGACCAAUCCCGAAGCACUGAUCAGAGCCAGCGUCCAGGUGCAGCCAAUGAGGUGGCCAAUGACUCCAACUCUCCAUCCUCGGACCCGGGUAUUGCUGACAUGAACGCCAAGCGGUGCUACACCAACUCAGACCAAGACCAGGACCUGAGCUCUCCCGGGUCUGACUCAGACAUUGAAGGGGAGCUUGAGGCAGCAUUCGCCUGCGGAGGACCCCUGGUCUCCAACAUGAUCUCUUCCAUCUCAGAGACAGAGCUGGACCUGACCAGUGAUGACAGUAGUAGUGGACGCUCCUCCCACCUCACCAACUCCAUCGAGGAGGCCAGUUCACCCACCUCCGAUCAGGAACUGGACCCGGACACCGAGUUAGAACAGGACAGUGGAAUUGUGGGAAUGAAGGUAUCACUCCUCCUUGGCCAGCCAGACUCCAUCAAAGAGGACUCACCCUUACCCUCACCUUCACAGCUUUUCUCCUCCACCCUGGCCACCCCCUCCCCUGCUGACUCCCUCAUCCUACCCCCAGAGCCCUAUGAUGACGGCCAGGCUCUGAUGGGCCUACAGAGUGUAGAUGAUUAUGAUGAAUUUCCCUAUGAGCACCAGCCUGACCCAGAUGAGGCCCUGCCCCCACCCCCGCGCUGUGAGGACAGAAUCUCCAAACAGAUGGUACUCCAGAUAGAACCCGACCACAGCCUGGAGAGCUUCAAACGCUCCUUCUACCUGCCAGUGGGACCCAGACUUAUACCCACUCACGCUGACGACUACGACGGUAACAGUGAGGGAGAGUCCGAGUCGGAGAGCGAGGACGAGCUGAGCGAGAAUUCAGACUCACCCUGGUUGCUUAACAACCUGGUGAACAAGAUGAUCUUGGAGGGGUCUUAUCCAAUUAGCUGUCCCGAGGACUGUUUCAAGAGGUCAGUGUCCGUCUCGGACACCAUCUCACCCUCCUCAGACAUCGAGCCAGACACGUUCACCGACGCUGCGGGUGAAAAAAUUCUGAAAUCUGGGACGAAGGAAUCGAAGGAUAAAAAAGGGAAGGGUCUGAGGAAGGAGUGGAAGGAGAGAGAGAAGAUGGAGAAGAGUGCAGAGCUGCCCAAAUGGAAUACAGGGAAAGCCAACGAUCGAUUUGGCCCCUGUCUGUACAAGAGCAAUCCCACAGCUGACACCAUCAGACCGGUGAUCGUGGAGCGUUAUGGCAACAGGGUAUCCACAGACAACAAUCACACUCACGCUGAGAAAGAAAUCACCAGCCCUAAAUCAGGCAAAAACACCAAGAGGAAGGAUGAAAAAGAGGAUGAUGAUGAUACUGUGGAGCCCGAUAACGACCUGAUGAUGCUGGAGGACAGGAAGGAGCUGGACCCUCCCAGUCUGAGUGAGAGCGUGGCGAUUGACAAGGACGAGGGCCGCGAGACAGAGGCCAAGCCCACCGGACGUUCUACGGCCUCCCUGGAACGCAUCACCACGGUCAAACACAGCAUGACCCUGGACAUCCCCACAGCCCAGACCAACCGAUGCUUCAGCCUCACCUACUCCACUGACAACGAUGAGGAAGAGGGAGACUCCUCCCCGUUCCUGAGCUGCCUGAGGAAGCAGUCAGCCUACGGUGGCAGCCACCAGUACCUGGAUAGCUCUCCGCCCAUCGACGAGAGCGUUCGAGACCUCACCCUGUUGGAGCAGGAAGGCACCCUGUGUGAGAGAGACCCUCUGCGGUCCCAGCCGGAUGACGACGGUCUGGCAUACGACUCUAUGAAGUACACUCUGGUGGUGGAUGAGAACACUACACUGGAGCUGGUCAGCCUCAGGAGAUGUACCUCUGUGCUGAGUGAUGACAGUGAGCUGUCUACACUGUGUGAUGAUGACCCUCUGGGGAUGGGGGAGGUGGGGUACUUCCGGGGGAACGGAGGGGUGCGGCCAGAACUCCUCAGCUCGUCAGAAGACUCCUCCCCCGAGGCUGACAUGCAUUUCUCCAAGAAGUUCCUCAACGUGUUUGUCAACAGCACCUCACGAUCCUCCAGUACAGAGUCAUUUGGGCUGUUCUCCUGUACCAUCAAUGGAGAAGAGAGGGACCAGACACACAGGGCUGUCUACAGGUUUAUCCCCAGACAUGUGGAUGAGUUGGAGCUGGAUGUGGAUGACCCUCUAUAUGUCGAGGAAGAGGAGGAUGACUACUGGUACAGAGGCUACAACAUGCGGACGGGAGAGAGGGGGAUAUUCCCAGCCUUCUACGCCCAUGAGGUCAUAGGGCAGUCCAAGGAGAUAAUGGGAAUGAAGAAGAACCCAGCCUGGAUGGACAGUUUCAGUGUUCAGUUCCUGGGUUCUGUGGAGGUGCCCUAUCACCAAGGCAAUGGCAUCCUCUGUGCUGCCAUGCAAAAGAUUGCGAUAGCGAGGAAGCGGACGGUCCAUUUGCGGCCCCCCUCUCUGUGUGAGCUGGAGAUCAGUCUACAAGGGGUUAAACUGGUGAUGAGCCUGGAGGAUGAAUACGACACUAUGGAUGAGUUUGACAGAUGUAGUCACUUCUUCCAGAUGAAGAACAUCUCUUUCUGUGGAUGCCAUCCAAAAAACAAUUGCUACUUUGGCUUCAUCACUAAGCACCCCAUGCUGAACAGGUUUGCCUGCCACGUCUUCGUCUCCCAGGAGUCAAUGCGGCGUGUGGCCGAGAGUGUUGGACGGGCUUUCCAGGAGUAUUACCAGGAGCACCUGGAGUACGCCUGCCCCACCGAAGACAUCUACCUGGAGUAGAGCAGGCAGGAAGCAGGAAAUGUUGCCAUGACAGCAGUAUUCUCUUCUUCUUCCUGCUGCUGCUUGUAUGUUUAUCAAUCUCAAUCACCAGAGGACACUGGUGGGUCUUCUUCUCUCCAUUGCAAAAAUACCCCCUAUAUCUCUCUCUAAAACUGAAAUGUUAAUUUCAGUUCUACAGUAUGCUACAUGUUUUAUUUAUUGAUUCAUUUGUUUGUUUAUUUUCCCUCUUCUAGAUGGAUUGCCUGUUUAUUUUACCUUUUUUUACUAUGAUACAGUUAUAGGAAUAAGGGGCUUGGCACCUGUUAUUUUAGAUAUGACGUAUCCUCCUCGGUUAAAAAAACAAGUACAACAAUUAUAUUCCUACUACUGCUAUUUCACAUGUUCGAAUGCAUGGUUAGGAGGGUAAUGCACACACAGAGCUAUUAGGACACAAAACCAGCUCAACAUUGAAUAGGACCUGGAUCAUAUUAUUUGGUCAGAUAUGGUUUGGUGUAAAUGUACACUACCGUUCAAAAGUUUGGGUUCACUUGUUUUCGAAAGAAAAGCACAUUUUUUGUCCAUUAAAAUA